CCAAAAACUUUCACUGUCACAUUCGUUCUAUUGGAUUUGAUUUGGAAUUUUGGAUUCUGUCUUUUCUGAUACUGGGUACCAACCUAGUUUCGUUAUUAUUGCAUUUCAAACAAAUAUAAUUUCUUCAUACGAAAAUGCCCGUUCCCGGUGGAAUUUACCAAAAUCAAGGGCCAACUUGCUUUGAUAAGAUGAAAAUGGGAUUCAUGAUAGGGUUCUGCGUCGGAAUGGCCAGCGGUGGUCUAUUUGGUGGCUUUACAGCCCUGAGGUAUGGAGCCAGAGGACGAGAAUUGGUUCAUUCUGUUGGUAAAGUUAUGCUUCAAGGUGGAGGAACAUUUGGAACAUUUAUGGCAAUUGGUACUGGAAUCCGUUGUUGAUCUAUUCAAUUAUAUUUUGUACAUACGAACUUAAGAACUGAUAGUACCUAUGUUAUUUAAUUCUAAUAAAAACCUACAACCUCACAUUGUCAGAAUGCUUGAUGGAAAUCCAACCAAUAAUUUAUUUUACGGAGUAUUAAAUUUACUUAGACUGCUAU